AUUCUUCUUUACUCGCUACGUCCUUCCCCGCCCCUGCGAUUGCAGUUGAGCAACGAAACUUACUUGUAGGAAAUUCUCACAAAAUUCUCAAACUCAGAGAGAGAUGGGAAGCAUUUGUACUAUGAGUCUGCAUUUGAUGUGCUCUCUACCAUUCCCACCAAAACAGAGUAACACCACUACCAAAUCCUACUCUACUCUGAGUAGCUUGAACAGCAGAAAGAAUUCACUCUCUAAGAUAAGCAAGACGAACAGAGCCCUUCAUCUGCAGAGGGCCCGCGCUACGGUUGAUCGAAAGGAGCUCGACGAGAAUCCAGAAGGCAUCAUCUCUGGAGAAUGGCCCCAGAACUUCUCUCUCCUCAGCUACGACGAUCUUCGAGCUUAUUUAGAACCCAAUCUCUUCAAAGACAAGACGCAACCUUCUGCUAUUUUGGAGGAGGUUAUGUCCACCACUAUCCGGACGGCCUCCGCUGAUCAGACUUUGGAGGAGAUCGACCAUCAUUUCGAGCUUGUAACGGGACUUCCUGUAGUUGAUGAUCGGUUCAGAUGCAUCGGUAUCGUGUCCAAGAGAGACAAGGAAAGAGCUUCAAAUGGGCUGAAAUCAAAGGUGAAUGAAGUAAUGUCAUCCCCUGCCAUAACACUGUCACCUGGCAAGACAGUUCUCGAAGCUGCAGCACUGAUGCUCAAGAGCAAGAUCCACAGGAUACCGAUUGUGAAUGAAGGAGGCCAGGUCGUAGGCAUGGUUUCUCGGACUGACAUUUUCAAAGCAUUGGAAAGCCUGCCAGUUUGACUUCUCUUCUCAGGUGCUUGCCUCCUUUUCAAGGCAUUGGAGGAAGAAGACUUGUUAGUAAGGUGGGGGUGGGGAUGGGCAUUUGUAAAUUUGAGGCUGCAUUGCUCAUCUUCUAUGUACAUAUGUGUAUUUGUCUUGUGCAAGGAGAUAGAGAACUUGAACAUGGAAAUCUUUCACUAGUUGGUGUCUGGUCAAGUGACAUACAGGGCCUUUUCCAAAUCAUGUGUUUGCAGUGUUUCUUACCUCAACAACGAUAUCGAAACUUCAUUUA